AUGUCUCCGAUUACAACUCCCACUCACAAAUCUUCAAAACGCGCGAUUGACAGCAAGUCGUCAUCUGCGAUGAGUCCACGUGGUCCACCCAAGGCUGUUUCGAGCCUUUGCGAGAAACCCUCGAGCGAACACUUCGGCGCUGUCGUCACAAUCGAAGUUGGACCAGAGAAGAAGGCAUUCAUUAUCCACGAAGACCUACUUUUCUUCUACUCAGACUACUUUCGCACUGCCUUCAAGGGCUCCUUCAGAGAGGCUAAUGAGGGAAAGUUGUCGCUGCCUGAGGAAUCAACCAAAACGUUUUACAUAUUCAACAGCUUCAUCUACACUGGUCAACUGCGCGACAUGGAUGGUGUGAUUGGCAUAGACCUGAGGGCUUACACUCUCUGCGCACUCUGGAUCUUCGGUGACAAAUACCUUGCGCCUGCCUUUCAGAACACUGUCAUUGAUCACCUGGUCGAAAGAACCGAAAAAGUACAAAAGCCACUCGACAAACUCAUGACAUACAUCUAUGAAGGAACCUUGGUCGAUGCCCCCUUGAGAAAGUUGGUAGUUGACUGGCAGGUUUAUGGAGGCAAUCCUACCACCAAGGAAACUCUUAGCCAUUGGCCUGCAGAAGCUGUUACCGAUCUUGCUAUCGCCAAUGCGGGCAGACAGUGCAAACACUUCAACAGCAAGAAACUGCCACAAGACCGUGACAGAUGCCACUAUCAUGUGCAUGGCAAAGGAGAGCAUUGCUAG